AUGGCACGGUUUGCACCUGUUGACUGCCUACACAUGGUGUGGAUAAAGGACAGGGUGCUUCUCGGGCGCCUCGAGGAGGGAGGACGUGUUGUCAAGACAGUUGACAAUGCCACAUUUGUGAAGGCCAAUGAGGAUAACUGUGUCGAAAAUCGUGCUCUUUUGGAAGCUUACAUGGUGCGGCAAAGGGGUGCCCGUUCUUUGGAUAUUCCUGACUUGGAGUCGAUUAAGGCACAGUUGCUGUCGAUGCACACGACUUAUGCCAUGAACUGCAGGGCUAAAGCAAGCAAGAGGCCCAAGGCUUUGCUGGAGGCUACGAUGGAGCUUGUGCAGGCCAAUGCACACUUGGAUGCAAAGGCUUUGAAGCGGCUGUUUUCCUAUGCUCGCAGACGAUUCCUUUCGCCCCAUGAGCCCAAAGAACUUUAUGGCAAAGGUGGUAAGAAGACCCGGUGGGACACAAAGGAUGCCGAUGAGCAAGCUGGGGAGGAUGAUGCAUUCCAUGAAUACGCAGGUGAGUUUGAUGAGGAAGCGGAAGAGGAAGCCCCAGAGGAUGAUCCCCCUCUGGAUCCCCCUCUGGAGGUGGCCCCAUUCCCCGUGCUGCCAACGCCUCCGCCCCCACCCGUGCUGGAGAUGCCACUCCUGAACGCCGAGCCCGCCCCUUCCUUGCAGAGGAAGCCUUUGCUGCAUAUGCAAAGUUCGUCCUCGAUUGCUUCAAAUGCCACCACCCUCAUUUUGGGCGAGACACCCAAGACUCCGGAGCCAAGGACGCUUGUGCCCGCACAGAGUGCGCAGGUGAGGCAGAUGACGCCGUCCCCCCCGAGUUUGCCGGUUGAAGUGCGCUACAGAGAGGUGCUUUAUGUCGCAGAAUCCCCCCGGAAAAUGGUUAAAGCCGAGCCUCGAGAUUUCGAGGCUGGGGUUCCUUCUGGAGUGGCAAAGCCAAGCAUUGAUAAGGAUGCCGUGCUGCACGAGUUGGCCACUCUUGAGGCAGCACAGAAAGCACUGCUGGAUGCAGAACGCAAGUUGUCAGCCGAAGCUUUGGCAGCAGAGCCAAACACAACAGAGCCGAACACAACAGAGCAAAACACAAGAGAGCCGAACACAACAGAGCAACACACAAGCGAGCCAGGCGAAACAGAGUUGGAGCCAACAGAGCUAGACGAAGCAGAGUUGGAAAGAGCAGACGCAAAGCAAGCAGCGUUGGAGCCAACAGGGCCAGUGGACAAGGAAUUCGCUUUGCAAGAGCUGGCUGUGCUGCAAGCAGAGCUGCCAUGGUUGCGCCUGAAAUCGUGCGCUGAUGCUACGGGCCCCACCGGUGUGCUCGACACGGAUGACACGCAAGUUGCGCCGGCGACUGUUCUGGAUAUGGAAGCUGUGAGCCGUGAAGAUCAAUUGGCUGCUCGCAAAAGGCGCAAGGAGGAGCUGGCAGCAAAAAAGGCUGCCCAAAAGGCCCAGAAGGCUGCUGUUGCGAACGCCGAGGAAGGUGCAAGGAUGAAAUCGAUCGACCAGGCUACCAUUCCGGAGAAGGCCAAGGAAGGCGCGGGGGUGAGAUCGAACGAGCAGGCUACCGUUCCGGAGAAGGCCAAGGAAGGCAUGGGUGCAGAUGGUGCUGUGGAGAAUCAUGAUGGGGAGCCGCUGACAAAGAAGCGUAAAACAGCUGCAAAGAGCAAACCCAAGGCGAAGGCUGCAGCUGCCGAGGCUUCUGAAGCCCCUGAACCUGCCCCUGUGGCUGUGGCUGCUGCUGAGGUUUGCAGCCCGGGUAGGGGUAGGGGGAGGGGUAGGGGUGGCAGGGGUCGUGGGAAAACGGCGGCCAACAAGAAGCAGGGUCGUGGGAAAACGGCGGCCGACAAGAAGCAGGGGAAAAGCAAGGGCAAGGAAAAGACGAGCAAUUUCAAGGGCAAGGGGGCAGGCCAGGCCAAGAAUGCGAAAGCACAGCGCGCCGUGGAACCGGCAAACGUGCCAGAAAGGAGGGUGUCGACGAAGAGACCCCAGGAUGGCUACGUGGCAGAAGUUCCUGACAAAAAGGCUGCCAAGCCGAAGUCAGCUCUUCAGUCUGAGGAGGAGAAGAUCGAACAGAGGCAGAGUGUGCUUUCCACGAAUGGGACGCUGAAGCAUUACACUCUUAUGGUCUAUUGGAGUCGCCCUGGUCUGGGCAUCAAGCAGCUGAGUGAUGGGAAACAGGUUCAGUACUUGGGCGGCAAAAGCGUGCCCAUGUCAAAGAUUAUCAAGGCUGGCAUCGACUGUGUGUCUUGGUCGAGUUUAAUUGGAUGCUGUUUGAGCAGGGCUCCUGCAACAGUUGGUGUCCCUCUCUACAGGGGUUCGUGUGACUCUAGGUGA